UUUGCUCGCGCGCAUUUGCGAGUAAAUGUCAAAACUUGUUUAUUUGUUAGGUUAUUAUUUAGUAUGUGUUCUCUAAAUACAUAAAAAAUGAGAAUAAGAAUAUACAAUGAAAAUAUAAAGUGAAUAAAAAUAUUCUAUUCCACAUAAACAGUUAAACUACUUGUAAAUUUUGGCUCCCAACGCUCUCGAUACCAACUGGAUUUGUGUAAGAACUGUCAAAAAGUACGCGAAUAUUUGUUGUGUAGGAUUUAUACAUAAUGUUCUCGCACAAUGUAUGAAGAUGAUAACAUUACUUGUACUCCUAAGCGAUCUGCUCUGAGUGAGGUCACAAAUGCGUCCAGUUAUGUGUCUCCCACUGCUAACCUUAAGUUGUUGACCAAUGUUGCUUUGCAGUAUCCCACGCCGCCGCCUAGCGCGGCACAUCGUAAGGAGAAGUCCCUUCAAAUAUUAUGUGACAAAUUUCUCAAUCUCUAUCCACUGCAUGGAAAUGGAACAGUGGAAAUUCAGUUGGAUAGCACAGCAGCCCGGUUAGGUGUUGAAAAACGGAGAAUGUAUGACAUUAUAAACAUCCUGGAGGCCAUGCAAUGUGCCGUGCACAAGCGGAAGAACACAUACCUCUGGCAUGGAGGAGCACGUCUGAACUCCUUCCUGAAGAUGCUGAAAAGGCAGGGGGAAAAUCUGAGGUUGUCUGAUGCACUUCGUGGCAAAGCCCCAAAGCCCCCAGCUCCUAAGCACAAGACUCUCGGAGUUUUGGCACAGAGAUUUUUAAUGCUUUUCUUAGUGGAACCACCAAACACUCUCAUUAAUUUGGAGAUGGCAGUCAGUGUCCUCAUAGACACCUCAAGCAAAAGCAAAACAACCCUGUCACCAGAGCAGCUAGAUCGUCAACACAAGUCUAAAGUGAGAAGGUUAUACGACAUUGCUAACGUGUUAAUUUCAAUUGGUCUCAUAGAAAAGGUUUCUGGAAAUUUAAUAUUAAAGAAACCAGUAUUUAAGUAUGUUGGGCCAUAUAAAAUUAAAAAGUCUGAGAAAAUAAUAGUAUACACCCCAUCGCCAGUAACUCCACUUGCAGUGGUACACACACAGCAGCUUUUGACACCUUGUCAAGUGUACGCGGGCAAGUCAAAAAGAAAGUUGGAGUUCACAACGCCAAAUACAAACUCUGAAAAGCUCGGUGUUACUACUCCACCGCACACUCCAUCACACAAGUGGGAUGAAAUUUUGCUUGUCGCAGACAUGGAACUGACUAGAAUUAACAAUGGAAUCACACUGUGAUUUACAAAUGCCUAUAAUAUUUUCCCCCUUAAUUUUAUGAAUGAAUCCUACUCUUAUGAGAACAUAAAUAAACUAAUAUUUACAAAGGACUGCAAUACAUGACAUUAUAUAUUUAUUUGAAUAUUAAAUAUGUUGUUGCGAUCAACCUCCUAUUAAAAAGUGGAUGCACAAUCAGCAACCAAAAAAUGUUCCCAUUCAAUGAGUGCCAAACACAACUUCUUGGCACUCAACUCAAGUAGUUGCAUUUGGAAAUUCAACCUUAAACUCAACCCUUAAGGUUGAAUUUGCUCUGAAUUUAGGCUUUAGGCUUUAGCCAGUUUUUAAGUGAAAUUUUCUGCAUGAUUGUGCAUCCUUUUAUUAUAAGAGGUCAAUGGUUGUUGCCUAUUGAGAGUUGGCAACAAAGGAUUUACUUUGAAGUAAAACUGUGAUACACAGCUGUACUACAAUGCUUAGUUGUAGUGUAAAAUAUGCUUCAGAUUUAUGCAUAUUUUAUAGGCAAACAACUUGAGUCUGUGUUUUAUAUAAUUAUACACUUGACUGAACUUAAAUAUGCUUGUCUUCCAGGGGAUAUAAUAAUAAAAAAACAAGUUGAGUUAAUAAGUUUCACUAUGGAUUUAUUUUUUCUUGUUACUGCGAAUAAAGGUUUAUCUUUGUCACAGACAAAGUGCAAUUAGAGUAUCUUACAUAUUUAUUUUAAGAACGUGUUUAAAUGAAUUUAUUACAAAGACUUUUAUGAUAUACAAGUUAUGUAAUACAUAUAAAUAUUUAUCAAAAUUUAAUUUAAUGUAUUUUAUACAUCUAAUAUUUGAAUAUUGGAUGUGAGGUUUGACAUUAUUGUAGAUUGUAGAACAAUAUUCAUAAAGUUAAACAGAGAGAAUAUUUUAUGUGAACUAUGUCUGCACAAUGUAAUGCUAAAAUUAUGAAAAUCAGUUGGAAUUAUGGAAGUUAUUAAGAUAAAAGAACUGACUUAAUGCCGAGACCAUGUUAUAUUCUAGAGGAAUCUGUAGAAUUAUUCUUAAACUGGAUGUCUGUACAAAUUACCACUGUCUAAAACAGAGGUUCUCAAACUAUUUUUUCUUAUUUAUUUAUUUAUUUAUUAUAGACCACUUUCUAAUUUAACUUGUUCCGGUGGACCCCCUACUAAAUUUCUAUCCAACACUUGACAAAAAAUGUGAUUAGAUUCACCUUUGGAAUUUUAAUUUUUAUGGCAAAAUAACAGUUUUAAAAAAAAAUGUGAGAACUGAUUACUUGAGAAUAUUGUCCAAUAUUUCAGACAACUUUAAUUUUUGAAGGGAAAUUUUCAGGGACCCCAACUUAUGAAUCGUGAACCCCCAUUUUUAUGUCACGUCAACAUAGACCCCGGGGGGUCUUUGAGAAUUGAUGGUCUAAAAUUUUGAUAGUGGCAUGCGUGUAUGAUUUAAAUUCUAAAUGGACUCAUCAAAUGAUCCUGGAAUAGACUGACUACAAAAUUAUGAUUUGAGCAUUACUUACAUGUCCUCCUGGGAAGUUUAUGACUAAGAUAAAAACAUAUUUGUGAAAUAAUAAUUAUUUAAAUGAAGUAUAUUUAUGGCAUAUUAUCUUCACACUAAAUAUUUAAUAUUUUUUCGAUGAGUUUCAAUAAUAGAUGUAAAAUGGAACAAAAUUAAGAAAAUACUAUUUAUUUUUACUAUUAAAAUGAUGUCAUAAGAAUAUUAAUAUAUUGAGGCAGAAAUUUUGUUAUUAUCUCAAAAUCUAUUGGUAUUUUUUUUAAUAGAAUAUUUGCCAUACCUAUAUUUUUUAUAAUAUGACAAAUAUUCCCAUUCCCCUCCAACUAGUCGGGAAAGACUGAUAGGAGUGGGUACGACAAUAGACCAAUGGGGUGAGGAUUGAACCACCACCUCUCGGUGAUGAGUCCGACCGCUCUUACCGUUGAGCUAUUGAGGCUUUUGAUGAUCUUUAUUUGGAUUUAAUUAGAAGCCUAGUUUAUCUAACACAUCUACUGUAAUUUUAUAUUCCAUUGUCAGACUUUCAGCCACAUAAACUAUUUCUUAUAUAUUAUAUUAUAAUUUAUAAUAUUAGUCAGAUAUGCAUAAUAGCAUGCAAACUUUAUGACGUUUGGGAACAUCGUGCGUUCAGCUGCGCAAUACAAGAUUUUAGAUAUCAGCGAUAACGAAAGGGCGCGGCGGGGCAUCACACCGCGCGUUUGCUGCCUACCCGCAGUCGCCUUACGUGAUCAGCAGCUAAUUUCCGAGACGUCAUAAAGAUUGAAUCAGACUAUACCUAUUAUGUUGCCUUCACAUUUUGUGAUUUUAUGUUUAUAAAAGGCGUUUAUAUAUAGAUGUUUUGACUAAACUAUGAAAAUUUAUGCAUUUAUUUCUUGUCAUCUUUGAUAGGUAGUUAUUACAAUGAAUUUUAUAACAAAGUUGCUUUUUUAUAUUUGUUCUAAGUUACAUGUAAUAAAUAUAAUGGAUUAUA